CUAGCAGCUCCGUCAGCCACUCUCGUCGUCGUAUCAAGCAUUCGGGGUGAAGUACACGUUAGUCGGCAUGAGGUGGAUCGUCGUAUUGUUCUUGGUAGCAGGUGUCUCGGCUAAGUCGAUAAAGAAACGAUUUGGAAUACCGACAAAUAUCGCGGACACGUGCGACUAUCGCUUUGACAGCGCCACAUAUGUCGCUGACCCGACCAACUGUCAAAGCUACUACCAGUGCGACAACGGCUGGCCCAUACUCAAGCAAUGCCCCGAGAAUACGAUAUGGACACCGCUCGGCAAGCUCGACGGGCUCUGUCGUCAACCCCAGGUAGCUCGUAACGACAUCUGUGGUUUCGUUCCCACCGACAUACGACAGGAAGACCUAGGCGUGUUCGACCCUGCAUUCGGAAAGUGUGAGUUCACGUGCGCCGACGCGCAGCAAUGCAUUGCCUGGUCGGCCGUGUGUGACGGCAGAGCAAAUUGUGACGAUGCGUCAGACGAAGUAGACUGUGCUGAACCCUGCGACACAGAGCGAUGCAGGCUACCAGACUGCCGUUGCUCAGGCAGCUCGAUUCCUGCCAAUUUGACUGUAAACGAAGUGCCACAGAUCGUUAUGCUAACGUGGGAAUCGGCACUCCGAGUGCAAGACCAGAGCCAUAUUAUUGAAGGACUCCUGAAAAAGAUUCAACCGAACAGAAGACGUGAACUCCGGAGAAACCCGAAUGGCUGUCCUUUUAGCAUGACCUUCUUUGUGGAGCACCAAUUCACAAACUACGCCCUUGCGCAAUAUCUUUACGCAAACGGCCACGAGAUAGCGACAAUGUCCGUCAGGUAAAUACACGAAUAAUGCAUUAAGGGAUAAGAGAUUGGUGCGAGUAGACAGACGGACAAUCAGACA